AUGACAUCAAACGUGAAACAUAUUAUAUUAGUGAUGUCUGGUAAAGGAGGAGUUGGUAAAUCAACCGUGAGCACUCAGUUGGCACUCGGAUUAGUAGCUAAAGGAUACCGGUGUGGAAUAUUAGAUGUAGAUUUAUGUGGCCCAUCAGUACCGUUUUUGUUAAAACUAGAAAACCAAGAGGUACAUCAAUGUGAAGCUGGUUGGGUACCAGUUUAUACAGACGAGUCAAAAUCUUUAGGUGUGCUUUCAAUUGGAUUCUUGACCAAAUCUAGAAAUGAUAGCGUAGUAUGGAGAGGACCAAAAAAGACUGCAUUCAUAAAACAAUUGCUUUCUGAUGUUUUCUGGGAAGACGUUGAUUAUUUAAUUAUUGAUACACCACCAGGAACAUCCGACGAACACAUAACAGUUAUGGAGAAUAUUAAAGAAGCUCCAUGUGACGGAGCAAUACUUGUAACAACUCCACAGCAAAUUGCUUUGGAUGAUGUCAGAAAAGAAUUGUCAUUUUGUCGUAAAACUGGUAUUCCAAUACUAGGAAUAGUUGAGAACAUGAGUGGAUACGUUUGCCCUAAUUGUUCUGAGUGUACAAAUUUGUUUUCAUCCAACGGUGGAAAAUCAUUAGCUGAACAUUUCCAAGUUCCCUUUUUAGGAACUGUACCAAUAGAUCCAAGAGUAUCUUCCGAAACAUCAAAAUAUGUCGGUUUAACUAAUCCUGAAUCACCAAUGGCAAUAUCUUUUAACUCAAUUGUUGACCGUGUAAUAAAUCCAAACUGA